UGUGCGUAAAAUGCGCAUAUGAUUCCUUCACUACUUCUUUAAUGAGAGGACAAACAAACUAAAGGAUAAGCUGCUUUUGCAGACAGAUAUUUUUGUCAAACUGUUGCAUUAUGUAACUCAUUUGUUUUGGAACAUCCCGUCGCUCUGCUAUGCUAUGCAUAUCACAGGCCCAAUAGCCAUGGACUGUGCACAUCACUACACAGCGCCAAAAUAUUUAUUAUAUAUUUAAUGAACUUUGAUAGAUGGUAGGACGGGCUUUAAGCCAUGCUAUUUGUCAGAGGAGUUUCUGAUUGGCUUCUACCGGUCUCACAUCAUCUGUAACACUGCCCUACUUUUCUGCUGUCCGGAGGGAGCGUAUGGUGACUGCCGAAUUCCAAAGCUUUAGAAUAACUGAUGUUAGUUACUCGGCGAGAGGGGUAGCGAGCGGUGAGUUCUCAGCACGGCUGACUCGCUUGCAAUGGCGAUGUGGACUGGCCGAAAUUUAACCUCGUUUUUAGCGGCGGUUGGACUUUUCCUAUUCAUCAGUGGUCCUCACGUCGUCUCCUCUUGCCCAAGCCGCUGUUUAUGCUUUCGCACUACCGUUAGAUGUAUGCAUUUAAACCUGGAAACUGUACCUGCCGUGUCUCCACAAACCACCAUCCUAGACCUGCGGUUCAAUAAAAUAAAAGACUUACAGGCUGGCUCUUUCAGAAGACUCAAGAACCUCAACACACUCCUGUUAAACAACAAUCACAUCAGAAGAAUCCCAAGAGGCGCCUUUGAAGAUUUGGAAAACCUUAAAUAUCUCUAUUUGUACAAGAAUGAAAUCCAGUCAAUUGACAGGCAAGCGUUUAAGGGGCUUGUCUCACUAGAGCAACUGUAUCUGCACUUCAAUAACAUUGAGUCCCUGGAGCCUGAGUCCUUUGCCCAUCUGCCUAAGCUUGAACGCCUAUUUUUGCACAACAACCGAAUCACCCAACUCGCACCAGGAACCUUUUCCCAUUUGCAGUCCAUGAAGAGGCUGCGUCUGGACUCCAACACACUGAACUGUGACUGUGAGCUGCUGUGGCUGGCCGACCUCCUGAAGCAGUACGCCGAGUCGGGCAACGCCCAGGCAGCGGCCACCUGUGACUACCCCAGCAGGCUGCAAGGACGCUCUGUAGCCACGCUCACCGCCGAGGAGCUACACUGUGAGGUCCCCCGGAUCACCUCGGAGCCCCGCGAUGUGGACGUGACCUCAGGGAACACGGUGUACUUCACCUGCCGGGCGGAGGGCAAUCCCAAGCCCCAGAUCAUCUGGCUGAGAAACAACAAUGCACUGAACAUGCGCGACGAUGCCCGCCUCAACCUCCUGGAGGACGGCACGCUGAUGAUCCAGGACACGCGGGAGACGGACCAGGGCGUCUACCAGUGCAUGGCCAAAAACGUGGCCGGAGAGGUCAAGACGUCUGAAGUCACGCUGCGCUACUACGGCACGCCCUCGCGGCCGAGCUUCGUGAUCCAGCCGGUGAACACGGAGGUGCUGGUGGGGGAGAGCGUGACGCUGGAGUGCAGCGCCACCGGACAGCCGCAGCCUCGUGUCUCCUGGACGCGUGGCGACCGCACCGCCCUGCCCACCGACGAGCGUGUGAACAUCACGCCCUCCGGCGGCCUCUUCAUCCAGAACGUCAACCAGGCCGACAGCGGCCAGUACACCUGCUUCGCCAGCAACGAGGUCGACACCAUCCACGCCACGGCCUUCAUCAUCGUGCAAGCCAUUCCUCAGUUCACAGUGACACCACAGGACCAGACUGUACUGGAGGGCCACACGGUGGACUUCCCCUGUGAGGCCAGUGGGUACCCACAGCCUGUCAUAGCCUGGACACGCGGAGGAAGCCCUCUGCCCACUGACAGGCGGCACGUGGUGUUGUCCACGGGCACCCUGCGCAUCGCCCACGUGGCACCUCAUGACCAGGGACAGUACGAGUGCCAGGCCAUCAGCCCUGUUGGCACGGCAACCUCCGCUGUACAGCUCAACAUCCAGCAGAGAGUAACGCCUGUUUUCACAAAUACUCCAAGGGAUGUGACGGUGGAGUCUGGCACCGAUGUCCAGAUUCCCUGCGCUGCUCAGGGAGAGCCUUCACCCGUCAUCACCUGGAAUAAGGAUGGAGUUCAGAUAACAGAAAGUGGCAAAUUCCACAUUAACCCUGACGGCUACCUGGGGGUCAGUGACGUCGGCCCAGCGGACGGGGGUCGCUACGAGUGCAUCGCUCGAAACUCUAUUGGCUACUCCUCAGCCGCCAUGGUGCUGACUGUCCAAGUGCCCCAGGUUAGCAGAGAAGGGGAUCCAUUUGUGCGCCAAUCCAUCGAGGAGGCCAUCCGCGGUGUCAACAGUGCAAUUGACUCCACCAGAAGACAUCUGUUUGACGGCUCCCCGCGUACCCCAGGAGAGCUGCUGGCCCUCUUCCGCUACCCCAGGGAUCCCUAUACGGUGGAGCAGGCCCGGGCGGGCGAGAUCUUCGAGCAGACACUCCUCCUCAUCCAGCGCCACGUCAACCAAGGCCUCAUGGUGGACACCAACGGAACAGCUUUCCGCUACAAUGACCUGGUGUCGCCCCGCUUCCUGGAGAUGAUCGCCAACCUGUCGGGCUGCGCGCCGCACCGGCGCUUCAACAACUGCUCGGAUAUCUGCUUCCACCAGAAGUACCGCAGCCACGACGGCACCUGCAACAACCUCCAGCACCCGAUGUGGGGCGCCUCGCUCACCGCCUUCGAGCGCCUCCUCAAGCCCGCCUACGACAACGGCUUCAACCUGCCGCGCGGCAUCCUGGAGCGCCGCCACAACAGCUACCCGCUGCCCCUGCCCCGCCUGGUGUCCACCACCCUGAUCGGCACGGAGACCAUCACCCCCGACGACCGCUACACCCACAUGCUGAUGCAGUGGGGCCAGUUCCUGGACCACGACCUGGACUCCACCGUGGCGGCGCUCAGCCAGUCGCGCUUCUCUGACGGCCAGCUGUGCGCGCAGGUGUGCACCAACGACGCGCCGUGCUUCCCCAUCAUGUUCCCGCCCAAUGACCCGCGCCAGCUGCGGAGUGGCGCGCGCUGCAUGUUCUUCGUGCGCUCCAGCCCCGUGUGCGGCAGCGGCAUGACAUCAUUGCUGAUGAACUCCGUCUACCCGCGCGAGCAGAUCAACCAGCUCACCUCCUACAUCGACGCCUCCAACGUCUACGGCAGCUCGGACCACGAGGCCGAGGAGAUCCGGGACCUGGCCAGCCACCGUGGCUUACUCCGCCAGGGGAUCGUGCAGCGAUCGGGGAAGCCUCUCCUCCCGUUCGCCACGGGGCCGCCUACGGAGUGCAUGCGCGACGAGAACGAGAGCCCCAUCCCCUGCUUCCUGGCCGGCGACCACCGGGCCAACGAGCAGCUGGGCCUGACCGCCAUGCACACGGUGUGGCUGCGCGAGCACAACCGCGUGGCCACCGAGCUGCUGCGCCUCAACCCGCACUGGGACGGCGACACCAUCUACCACGAGGCGCGCAAGAUCGUGGGCGCCCAGAUGCAGCACAUCACCUACAGCCACUGGCUGCCCAAGAUCCUGGGCGAGGUGGGCGUGAAGCUGAUGGGCGACUACCGCGGCUACGACCCCAACGUCAACGGCGGCAUCCUCAACGCCUUCGCCACGGCCGCCUUCCGCUUCGGACACACGCUCAUCAACCCCAUCCUGUACCGGCUGGACGAGCACUUCCAGCCCAUCCCCCAGGGCCACAUCUCCCUGCACAAGGCCUUCUUCUCGCCCUUCCGCAUCGUCAACGAAGGGGGCAUCGACCCGCUCCUCCGCGGGCUGUUCGGCGUGGCGGGCAAGAUGCGGGUGUCCACGCAGCUGCUGAACACGGAGCUGACGGAGAGGCUCUUCUCCAUGGCCCACGCCGUGGCCCUGGACCUGGCCGCCAUGAACAUCCAGAGGGGCCGCGACCACGGCAUCCCGCCGUACAACGACUACCGGGUCUUCUGCAACCUCACGUCCGCGCAGACCUUCGAGGAUCUCAGGAACGAGAUCAGAAACCCCACCGUGAGGGAGAAACUGCAGAGACUCUACGGCACUCCCUUGAACAUUGACCUGUUUCCUGCACUGAUGGCUGAGGACCUGGUUCCUGGAAGCAGACUGGGCCCCACUCUCAUGUGCCUGCUGGCUGCCCAGUUUAAACGCCUGAGGGAUGGAGAUAGGUUCUGGUACGAGAACCCGGGAGUGUUCACACCAGCCCAGCUGACGCAGCUGAAGCAGGCGUCCCUCACACGGGUGCUUUGUGACAACGGUGACAACAUCACCCACAUCCAACCGGACGUCUUCAAGGUGGCCGAGUAUCCCCACGGAUACGGCAGCUGCGAUGACAUCCCCAAGAUCGACCUCCGCAUGUGGCAGGACUGCUGCGAAGACUGCAGGACCAAGGGUCAGUUCAAUGCGCUGUCCUUCCACUUCCGGGGUCGCAGAUCAGCAGACCACAGCUAUGUUGACGACAAACCUACUAAGGAUGCUACAAAGGACACUGCGAAGGACACUACGAAGGACACCACAUCCAAUGAGAGCAUACCACAUGAUGAGCCCUCUGUGCCCGUGAACGUCUCACUGCCGGGUAAACCAAGCACUGAACCCUCGCUGAACGACUUCCAAGACUUUGUCACAGAUAUGCAGAAGACCAUCACGAGUUUGCGAAAACAGAUAAAGAGACUUGAAGCGCGCCUGAGCAAGACGGACUGCACUGAUCUGGAGGGCCAUGAGCGUCGGGACGGGGCUCGCUGGAAAAGGGACUCCUGCACCACAUGCCAAUGCAAAGAUACCCAGGUGACGUGUUUCGUGGAGAGGUGUGCCCCGGCGGACUGCGAGAAGCCUGUGACACUGAAAGGAGCCUGCUGCCCUGUGUGCCUCAACCAGCCCCCUUCCCCUUCCCCCUCCUCGAGUCGGGAGGCCAGGCCCCAUGGCCACGCGUAACCUCAGGAGCACCUCCUCCACCUCCACCUCCCUCCUCCUGCUAAUGCAGCCCUUUACACACCCUCGUGUACAUCCCAGAGGAGACUUCCCACCCACAACAGAGACAUGGUCUUAGAGUCAUGGCAGUGUGCUGCAACCACCAGCAUCCAGUCGGCUAGUUGUUGGGGGAGGGUAUUUGUUUUUGCUUUUUUAAUCUAAUUUUUCGAAAAUUGUAGAAGAGAUUUAUCCAUAAUUUUUAUGGGGGGGUUUUUGGAUAUCAACUCUGAUUUGUCAGUGUCCCGCCCCGCACCGCCCCCCAGCCCCCACCCCUGAGGCCCGUUGCCUUACGUACCUGGGUAUGGUCAAGUCCACUGGCUUCCUGACGUGCCAUCAAGGCAGGGACAUGAUUUGCCUCGUCAAAUAAAGGAUGGACGUGGGACUCCACCUUUCCUUCCUCCCUCCCUGCCUCCCUCCUUCCAUCUUGGCCUUACAAACAGGGACCCUAAAGGGCCAGUGGGUGUGGUCCAGAGGAGUGCUGGUCCCGCCCACCAGGCUAGCAUACAGAGGAGGGCAACGCUGCCAUUGGCCAGCGCUCAAAUGAGGGCAGCGUCCUAUUGGUUGUGUGCACGGAAAGGGAAGUAGAUCAUCGACCACCACCGGCCAUGUCGUCUCACAAAAAAAACAUGCGUUCUCAGGUCAGAGAUGCCGAAGAAACUGGUGCUAUUUGUUUCUCCUCCUUCGCAAUCACACUUUCUGGUUACACUUUGUUUUUAUGACGUUACGGUGUUGCAGUGCAUGUACCUAAUUAAGUGCAGUGAUACAAUCUUGUGUUGGUACGUUGUGUAAGUAUAACAGUAGUACAUGAUGUUACAUAUCACUGCUCAGGUUGUACCACUGUGCCUAGUUAUGUACAUACACUGUAAUGGUUAGGAUACAUGGAAGCGAACUGAUCACAAAGCGAAAUGAAAUUCUCCAAUAAGCGAAAGCGUCAAAACCGAUUUAGCCUCAUGCAACUGAGUGAAUUUCACCAUUGGCAGACAAUCAAACAUAAGGCUUCAAUCAAUUUAAUUUCCUUAACAACAAUGUUGUGUAAUUUUACUCUGUCAAACUACAACACUGAUUUGCAUCGCUUCGCUUUGCCCAAUUGGCUUCCAUGUAUUUUCACUGUAAUACCGUGAUCAUAAAAUAUAGUGUUGCCCCCUUUUCUUCUUGAGAUGAAAUGAUUUAGUUAGUUGCAUCAGUCUGAAAGAAAAAGUUUUUUGUUUUUGUUUUUGUUUUUUUUUCUACAGUAUGCAAAUCAUCAUAUACACUCUCAUUAUGUGCCUUUUACGUAAUGUUUAUGGUGCUUUUAUAUCGUAUAUUGAACAUACAAAAAUAUAUAUGACAUUUUUUUUACAUAUAAAUGUGUAUUUUCCCCUACGUAAUAUCUGCUUUCAUAUGAAGAUAAUGUGAAUAUCUGUUUAAAAAAUUGUAAUGCAAAAAAAAGUCUACUGAUUACCGAAUGUGCAUAUUUUCCCUGUUGGUUAACUAACAUCUGGCGUUUCUGUCUCUUUCUCUCUCUCUCUCUCACUCUCCCUCUCUCUCUCUCUCUCUCUCUCUAUCUCUCUCUCUCUCUCCCUAAAGUCACAUAAACAGUUUUGUUUUUCUGGACCUUGGAAGUGGGGGGGUGGUACAUCAUGUCAGAACAGUUGUUGUAUGUCCCAUGUGUGUUGACCUACCUUUUAAACUCCCCUUCAAGCUCCCCCUUCCCUCCUACGGUAACUUCAGCUUACGAGAUGCAUUUUCGUGCUCCAGGUAUUACUUUCAUGUCAUGGUAUAGGCCUAUAAGAGCACAGACCGGACAGAACGCCAGCUUUUACUAGAAAGUUGUUGAGGUUUUGCUCUCUUUUUUUACUUUUUUAUUUUUCCCCUUCCAGCUGUUUCCUUGGGCUGUCUGUCCACUUAUCUACCGAUGCAGUAUUUAAAAGUGUUCAGUAUUUUCCACAUGUGCAAGGGUAGCUGCUUUCUGCACACAUACACUCACAAAAACACAAGACACCCAAUGCUGAAGGAGCUAAACUGUUUUGGUACCUCGUCGAUAUCACAGGUGGGACCUCUCUUAUGCUUCUCAGGCUCUUCUCCCUUUUGUCCACCGCAGUUUCCUUUUAUUGGGAAACUGACAAACGCAUCAACACUUUGUCUGUCAAAGCCUUGCGGCCAACUCCUCUCAUCAAAAAGUUGACAAGUGUCAUUGUGGUUUCCAGGAACAUAUCUGCAAAACCACCACAUCAAAACCUCUCCUUCCCACUCUCUCAACUCUACCCUAAACCACCAUCACCACCACCACGGGCAGUCAUGUCAAGCCACACUGAGAGUGUGGACAGGCGGAUUAUGCAGGCCUGUGGUGGGGUUUUAAACAUGGGUUUCAUAACGCAGAUGCUCGCUCUCGAUCCACUUCCCUCUGUCCUCUCACUGGGCAACUCUGAACAACUCUGUAUCUCUCUCUCUCUCUCUCUCUCUCUCUCUCUCUCUCUGUCUGUCUCUGUCUCUCUCUCUUUCGUGUGUGUUUGUGUGUGUCCUUCCCCUGAGUGGUCACACGCAUAUCGUCGCUGGCAGAAGCAGGCUCUUGGGCGAAGUGUGAAGACGCCUGGCUCUCGUCUCCAGGCGCUCUCUCACAAAGGCUGACGUCACUCUAGUCAAAUCCAUGCUCUCGCUGCACCUCCAUGAACCCCCCCCCCAACACCCCUGUUCUUCUGUAAUGAAAGCCAUAUGAGGAGAGAGAGAGAGAGAGAGAGAGAGAGAGAGAGAGAGAGAGAGAGAGAGAGAGAGAGAGAGAGAAAGAAAGAGAGGAGAGACUUGGGAUAGGUAGACCCUUUGAGUAGUAUAAUCUUGUGUAUGUCAUUACAAUUUUCGCAAACUUUGCAGUUCUCACUACGAUGUCACAAACACUCGGCUGGAUCUUUACACAGAGUUCUAUGAAAGCUGUAGAAUGUUUGAGUAAAACUCAAUAAGGGUUGGGAAGAAGUCUGUACUUCUCAAAAGGGACAAGAUGUCUGCCUUUUUUGGCUCACAUUUCUCUGAGGCGUUUGUUAGCAGUGAGUCAUCAUCCCAAACAAUGAAUGGGGAGGUUUAUGAUCAAGGCACAUACAAUAUAGAUAGUACAUAUACGUACAGAAACACAUGUUGUUAGAACCACUCUUCAAAGUAGGCAUAGUUUGUACAAAUAAUAUUAGUUCAUGGAGUCCAGUGGUGAGGUGUUGUUUGCGGUAGUCACAGCAUUUGAUCAUCAUGGCACAGUAAUGAUGAGUGAUGAGGGCAGUAUUUCUGUCUGGAUAAUGAAGGCUUGACGAAAGUGAUGCCUUCAGCGUAUGAAAAACCCUACCUGAGCUUCUCCUUUUCUGAGGACAGACCACACUUGUAGAGCUAUACAUGGGUUUACCGUUUGUAAACAAUCCCUGGCUGCACGACCCUGGCUGCACACUGUCCAACCUAGGAUUGUUGGAGACUGCUGUAGGUCAAAAAAUGAUUUCGCCUGGUUGGCUGCUUAGCAUCUUGCCCCUCCUCACAACAUGAAUGUUUGUAAACGAAAAAACCUAUGUACAUGAGUAGCUAAUAUCUACCGUUUUCAUUUUUUUCCACCGCAAAACACCUAAUAUAAUUAAUCUUUCUAUGAAUGUGAGAACAUGUAGGUGACAAGAGUUGGCAUUUGUUUUUAUAGGUUUUCUUUGCAUUCUAUAAUUUGUCCUCUGUGCUGGUGGAACGUCCUUGGGCCUGUUUCCAUGGAAAGGGAGGCCAUACAAAGGGACGCUGUGGGAGGGGAGUCCAGUUCAGUCCAGCGACUUCCUCAUGCUAAGCUGAGCAUCUGGGUCUGGUUGCCACGUUCAGACAAUAGGUUGGAUUGGGGGGGUGGGUGGGGGGUUCAUGCAUAACAUCCUGUUGACCUGCCGUGACAACUAGAACAACAUCAGAACAAUAACACAUGUACCUAUGUUGUGUGGCGUCAUCAGGGCCGCUGACAGGUUUGACUGGGCCCGGGACAAAAUCAUCUGAAAGGGCCCUCCUCUCAAUACAUACAAUGUAAUGGGGAGCCAAUUCUGGGCCCCCUCUCUCCCUGGGCCCGGAACAACAGACCCGUUUGUCAUCGUCCCCCCCGUCAGCUUCCCUGGGCGUCAUUACUAAUGUUUUUUUUUUUUUUGCUGAAUCACGUGAUGUUGGUAUUUCCCGGUUUUGCAGGACCAACCAACCCCACGGCGCUCACACUCACGCUCACAUUCUCAGCCUUACUCUUCUAGUUCUGUCCCCCCUCACAUGCUCCAUUCUUCACCUAUUUGUUUCAGCCAUGAUGUUUCCCGCCAACAAGUUAGUGCCUUCUUCUUCUUCUUCUCCUUCUUCUAGACGGACGAGUUCUCUCUACUCACCUCAUACCAGAGGAACUCGCAUCUCGAUCUUGCCUUUUCUUUUUUUUUCCACUGCUUUUAUAUUUUGCCACUGUUCAUUCACACAGCAAUUUUCCUUUUUUCAUUUCAUUGUUUUCAUUUGUUUUGGUUUUGUUUAUUGGUUAUUAUUGUUGUUAUUAUUUUGUUUUUCAUUCAUUUGUUUUGUUAUCUACCAUUCGGCCAGACCUCUCUCUGCCCACUUUAAAUGGAAUGCACUGCUCUGUUAAGUUUCAUCAUGCUUUUACCAAGUGAGUGGUCAAACGUGGAUACCUAUCUGACAUUUUGUAUUGUAUGUUUGCCAAAGAAUCAUUUGCACUGUAAUGUAUGCCUCUCAACAAUAAUAAAAAAAAAGAAAAAUAGGCCACAUUUGAAAUGAAAACAACACACGGCGUCUC